CCUUCAAUACUUGCCCUAACAAACCUGAUAACAUACCAAGGAACGAAGCAAUCGCCUGCGUAGUCGCCACAAACCGGCGUAGAGUCCAAACGGGCCGGAACGCCGAACUUGCACACCAACUGCAGCAAAGCAUAACUCUGAGCCUCUACAUACAUUUUGUUGCUUAGACUCAGAUAAAUGAUUUGUAGAAUCAUCCCUAAAUCUGUUGUCCAAAUACUCCACCCCCAAUCAUCCAGUCUUACUGUGACUGUUAUGUUAAUUUGCGUCGCGGAACACAUAAUACAGUAUACUCGUUGUGAUGCAGGUAUACAGCAGUACCAAAGCACAUUUGCAGUCCAGCUGUCGGCCCUGCAUUCAAAAGGAACGUAAGUUCUUUCCACGUCGAAGUAAUUAAAAUUUGUAAAGUAAGAUGGAAACUCCAGAGCUUGCUAACGGCGGUCCUUGGCUGCCAGGCGCCUGGCCGUCCCACAGUUCUGCCCGUUGUCAGUCAUUGCAGUUCCGAGUCGGUGAAUGAGCGUGGCGUCGCAUGGAGAAGAAAAGAAGGUCGCUGCUCACAGGCAGCAGCUCUGCUGGGAACACGCGAAGUCGAUGUGCUGCGCCUGGCGCUCUUGCCAAGACGCAUCGAGGCUAGAAGGUUCAUCGCCUAACUGGUGUGCACUCGAGCGAGCGCGAACUCCUCCUUUCAAAUGAACAGGCUUUACGAAACCUUCAGCGCGGCGGCGCAGCAGCAGCAACAGCAAGAACCACGCUCACAACUGGUCGCAGCAGCCAGCAGCGCGCGCGCGGUCAUGGGCAGCGGUCGCGGCGGGGAGUGCCGCGGCGCCCAGCCUCCGGCGCACACUGCCGCGCCACCCGAACCAGCCGACCUGGAAGGGAAUGGGCCAGGUGGUGUCCCCACAACGGCGGCGCUGGGUCUGGCGGCGGCGGCGGCAGACUGCGCGGACGCGGCGCAGCGCGAUGUGAGUCGGGCGGUGCGAUGUGGGUCGGGCGCGGUGGCUGGCGGCGCAAAUCUCCCGGGCGGCUGGGCGCGGGGGCCCAGCGGCAGCCACGUCGGCACGCUGGGGCAGCUGAUGCUGCCGGCGGCCACCGCGGCCAGCAGCCUUGCCACGGCUAGCAGCCUGGCGACCGCCGGUAGCAGCUUCACCGGCAGCAGCUGCGGCACGGGCCGCAGCGGCUUGGGCGGAGGGCAGCAGGCCGGUGGGCGUAGCGGCAGUGGUGACCCUGGAGGCAGUGGUAGCGGCGGCUGUGGCAGUAGUAGCGGUGGUGGCGGCAGCGGUGGAACUGCGGAAGGAGGCACCGGCUGCGGCUGCAGCUUCCUAACAGUCAGCGGCGGCAGUCCGGAGGCGGCAGCAGACGCCGGUCCUGGCCUUGAGCCUACUGGCGCCCUUGAGACUCUCAACGAGCUGCAGCCCGCGGCAUGCAGCGUGCAGCAGACCUGGCGCCCGCUCGGUGCGGCCAGAGUGGUGUCUGCACCUAGCGACAGCAGCAGCAACGUCGGCGAAUGCUCGCUGCCGAAAGGGCUUAUUCAGAUUCCAGCAGCGGCGCCGUGGCGACCACCGGCCCGCGUAGAUGGAGCAGUGGCGACUGCGUGUGCCUCUGCGCCUGGACUUGCCGCGGGCGCGGCGCCGGCGGCGGGGGCGCUGCAGAAGGACCAGCAGGAGGGUUUGCUGCAGGCCCUUGUGCAUAUGGGGGUAAUCUCAGAUGCGGGACAGACCCCGGGGCGUCAGGGGCCCGCGGCGAUCGUACGAGCAGCAGCACCAAGGACAACAGCGUCUGGAAGUCGCAGCCGUGAUGGCGGUUUCCGCCGCGCCAAUACUGCAGCGGCUGCAGCUCAGGACGGCUGUGAGCCUGCUGGUGCCUUCGCGCCACUGGCGGCGGCUCUGAGCUCGCCGGCCGCUGCCGAUCAUGUGGAACAGGCGAGCAUCCAGUCAUUGCGGGAGGCUGUAGCAGCCGAGGAGUCGCACAGGGCAACCGCGUGUGCUACUGCCGUUGAUGCCUGCGCGGCCGCGGUGUCCUUACUCGGCGCCGCACAGCGUCAGGCGGUGACGGACGGUGCUUCCCGCAGUAGCAGCUGCACCCGCUAUGGCAAGCAUGGUGAGCAACCAGGGCCGCUUAGUACUACACAGGCGCUGCCACCGCUGCUGCCGCCGCCGCAGGGGCUUCUCCUGCUCCGUGGCGGCUGCGGAAGUAGCGGCGGGGAUGGAAAUAGCAGCAACAGCAGCAGCAGCAGCAGCAGCAAGCACAGGGCUGACGGCAGAAGCGCAUUGCUGGCAGCAAGCACAGGGCUGAUGACGGCGGCGCCUGUGACGGGCCACAGGGGUCUGAGCGGUGCACCCGCACUGGCUGCACCGCCGGCCUCUCCGCCGAGCUACACCUUCGCACCAGCGUCGGACAUGGAGCACGGCGCGGGCGCCCCGGACUCGCCGCCUGCGGCAGCCUCGAAGCGGCUCACAUUCGUCCCAGGGAAGCGCGAUGCGCCGGCGACAGCAGCGGGGCCGCCCAGCACCCUGCCGGCUAUGGCACCGCCGCCGCCACCACCACCAGCCCUGGCAUCGGCGCCCCUUUCGGCGCCAACGUCGCAGCUCCGACGGCUGUUGCUACAGCCUCCCGCGCCGGCCAUGACUGCAGCCACGCCCGCCGCAGCUGCCGCUACAGCCGCGGGCGCCCUGCCUUCUGCAUCUGUGGGGUCGGCGAGGGCCGGGGGUGCGGGGACGUCUUCGUUGUCGUCGCCGUCGGCGCUGUACCGCUCCCCGGCACGCCACGUCACCGUGUCCAUGAAGUUUGACACGCCGCCCGGGAUGUCGUUCGAGGAGACUGCCGCCGCCCUGUCAGCGUCAGCGCAUCGGACUGUGGAGCAAGUCCUCCGCCGCAGCAGCGCAUACGCUCGCAGCCAAACCGCAAACGUCGGCACAGACAGCUGCGAUGUUGCCUCUGGCUCCGCUGGCACAGCAGGCACAGGCGUAGCCGGCCUUCCGAGUAGCGCAAGCGGCAUCGGCGGCGGCGGCGGCGGUGCCAUAGGUAGUGACACCAGCAGCAUCAGCGGCAUCCCCAGCAGCUCCGGAACCUCAUCCCUGUUCGCUGCGACUCCGUCAUCCGAGGCUGCAGCGAGUGCAGCAGGCCUGGCACCGGGUUCAACCGCCCCUGCUGCAGCGGCGGCAGGCGCGCCUGGCGCCGCCGCAGCCAUUCGUGGCGCUGGCGCUGCUGCUCCCUCUGCCCGCGUCGCGGCCGCUGCUGAGGCCUCGGAGCCGGCCGCUGCGGCAAGUGAUGGCGGCGAUGGAGCGGUGGUGGCGGCGGCGGCGGCGGCGGCUACGCCUGUGCCCGGUGGCGGCGGGCUGAGGUGGCACAGCUACGCCACGCAGGUGCAGUGCCUGCGGGGCUGCAUCGAGGUGGUGCUGCGACUGCAGUUCGAUGCGCCGGACGGUCCCGACGAGGCCGCCACGUCCGACGCCCUCUUGCACGCCGCCAUGGAGGCCCUGCACGACGAGCUGCACGGCCAGCUGCUACAGCUGCCCGAGGCCGCCCACGCCGAGCUGCUGCUGCCGCUGCACCUGCUGCACCCAGCCGGCGGGAAUGCGGUGGGCGCGGAUGGGGAGUACGGGGAGCCGCCGCUGCCUCCACAGCCGCCGCCGCCGCAGGUGGUGCCGCUGCUGGUCUACAUGGACCCGCCGGUGCUGAUAGCAGCAGCGUCGCCGCCGCGCGCGCCGCUGCAUCGGCCCCUGCAACAGCAACAACUGCCACCGCAGCAGCCGCAGGGCCAGCCGCAGGCACCCGUUGUCGCUGGCAGCAGCCGCGCAACGGCCCCGGGUGAUCCUCGGAGAGCCGUGCGGGCAGCGGUGGCGGCGCUCUCACCCGAAUCACGCUGGGGCUCUGACGAUGCAGCUGCGGAAGCCGAAGCAGCUGGGGGCGGCGCCACACCCCAGGCCUCCACGGCCACAACGACCCUUGGCGCGCCACAACAAGGCAGCGAGCGGCGGUCAGCGUUGGCGGAGCCGCUGCAGGAGCCAGGGCGCCAGGCCGUUGCGGCGGCGCUGGUGCCCUCCAGCUCACCCUCACCGCCGCCACCGGAGUCGCCGGCUGCGUCCGCGCGAGCUCGGCGCGCGGCGCGCCGCCGGGCGCCGCCGCGGUGCGGCACGACUAGCGCUGCCGAGUACUUUGCCAGUCGCAGCCGGAGUUGGCCUGGCCUGGCAUGCGACGGCGGCAGUGUGGAAGACACUGCUUCGGAGAAGGGCGCGGCGGGGGGCCGCCGUCUGCGUCACGGGAUCAGUGGCGAGGUGGGCGGCGCGGGCGUGCGUGAGGACCUGAUGGCAGGCGACAGCGCCAGUGAGCUCAGCGAGUACGAGCUUAACGAAGGCGGCGGAGGAGCAGGAGGAGGAGGCGGCGAGGGGUGGGUUGCGGAGCAGGAGCGGCAGCAGGAGCGGGACUGGGAGAGGGAGCAACCGGCCGGCGCGCUGCGGUGGCCCGCGAUUGGCCAGAUGGUGGCGGCUGCGGACGAAGGGGAAAGGCAAGAGGGGGAAGGGCAAGAGAGGGCAGGGGCAGAGGCAGGAGAGGCCGGGGGCGCGGCGGCGCAGGCGGCGGGCGCUGUGCAGCUAGGCGCCGACCGCCAGGGCAGCAUGGCGACGCCCUUUGCGACUGCCGCCGCGGCAGCAGCCAUGGAAGCUGAAGCCGCGCCAGCAGGCAUUGCUGACGCCAGUGGCAGCACCGGUAGCAGCAGCAGCCGCUACCACAACGUCCUUGAUUUGAGUCUGGUCCCGCCGCAUCAUAUCGCCACCACAGCAGUGCCGGUGACUGAGCAAGGCCGCCGCCCGCGCCACGCCCGCGCCCACGCACCCGCCGGCACUGCCGAGGCCUCCGCUGCGGCGCCGGACAGCCCUGACAUCGGCAGCGGCGACUCCGCCGGUGUCGGUGAGGCUGGGGCUGCGGCCGCCGUGACGCCCUUUCUCCACCCCUUCUUGGCAGCGGUGCCGCCCCUGCCGAUGGCGACGGCUUCAGAGCCGGCGGCGCUGCUUUCCCACCAUCAAGUUGGCAUGGAGUUGCGAACGGCUUCGGAUUCGGAAUCGCUAGAUCAAGACCGCUUCGCACCCGCCGCUAACGCUCGCGGCAGCCUCGGCGGCAACGGCGGCGGCGGCGGCGCCCCAGAUUCGGAGGUGUUGAACGUGACGGCGCAGAGCUGGCUGCAGCAUUGCGCCGCUGAAGCUGCUUCGCACUCCACCGCGACCUCCGCGACCACGACCAGCAUGGUCUUUGCGGGGCACGUCCGCGACCUGGGUGGUGCCGCCGGCGGUAGCAGCAGCGGUGUUGGCGCCGGCGGCCGCGUGUCGUGGGGCGGUGACGCCGGCAGCAGCGGCGGCGGUGCUGGCGUGAGCCCUUUUGCAGGGGCCCCGAUGCAGCGGCAGCCUUCAGGCCACGCCCAUGGGCCGGACCAAGCCGCCGCUGCUGGCCGUGAUGCAGGGACUGGUGCUGAUACAGUGCGUCCUGCGCGCGCGGGAUCUCAUCGCUCCCCGCGCCCCUCGCCGUUCGCAGGCGCUGCGGCGGCGCCUCAGUCAACCGGUACUGGUGGCGGCGGCGGCGGCGGUGGCGGUGGCGGCGGCGGUGGCGGCGCAGUACGUGCGCCCAGCCUGGAUUGCUCCUUUUCCCUGUCGGCCGCCGCGCGCCUGCACCAACACCGCAUGGAGCACCAGCCGCAGCAGCAGCAGCAACACCAGUGGUGGCGGCAGCAGCAGGUGCAGGGUGAGAACACGGGUGGUCUGGCAGAUGCUGCAGCGCGCACGCGGAUGCCCGGUGGGGUUGCGGGCGCGGCUCCUGCCAGUCCGGCGGCAGAGGCCGCAGCAGUCGCGGCCGCCUCGCCGCCGCCCGGGCUGCUGCUGACAGCACGACAGCGCGACGCAGGUGGCAGACCCAGUCGCAGUGCCACGGCAGUAGCAUCUGCGGCGGUUGCAGCAGCACCCACGCAGACGGUAUGCUUCACGCUGCACCUGGACAUGUCCUCUGACGCUGGUGGCGGGACGGCGGGUACUGCAGCCGCUGCUACUGCCGUGCCGCCGCCGCUGCUGGUGCGGGUGGUGGUGACGCAGGCGGGCGCAGUGGUGGCGGAGGUGCAGCGGCUGGAGGUGGGGCCGCGAGGAGCCAGCGUCAGUCUGGACAUGUCGGGCUUGGCCGAGGGCAGCGCGGCGCUGCUGGUGCUGCCGUACCGCGGCGGUGGCAAUGGGCAGGAGGCAGAGGGAGAGCUGGCCGGCGGCGCUGCUGCUGCUGCCGCUGGGGCUGAGGCUGCUACAGCCCCGUCGGCGGCCCUGGCGGCGCUGCACUACAGCCCCAUUGCGGUGGUGCCGCCGGAGGUGGCGGCGGAGCUGUGUGGCCUCAUGGGCCGCAUGGAGCAGGAGCUGGUAGCCGCGGAGGCGGAGGCGGCAGUAGCAGCAGCUGGCGAGGGCGGCGGCAGUAGCAGCACCAGCAGCGCCAUGGCCCGAGCCCGCGCCUUCACCCACAGCUUUUCGCCCCUCGUGUCGGACAUGAUGUCUCUAUUGAUGGGCGGCAGCUGUUUCGCGGCGGCGCGCUCUGCUGCUGCCGCCACUGCCGUGGCUACUGCCAGUGGCGAUGCGGCGGCGCCGCCGGAUGCAGCGGCGCAGGAUCUACAGGAAGCUGUACGGCAUCUGCAGCAGCUCCAGAUGCUGGCGAACGCGCUCCUGUCGUACAUGCGUCAGACGCACCUGCCGUACACACAGCAGUACAUGGCGGCAGGGCUGGCGGGCGCAGGCGUCCUCCCAGCAAGUAGCUUUGGCAGCGCCUCGCCUCCGCCGACGCUGGCACGCCGUGACACUGCCAGGCAAAGUCUGCAGCAAGCAGCAGCACAAUGAGGAGCGGCAUGGAGGCGAGCAGCAGGCGGAGAUUGCUUCUCCGUCACUGCUGCAGGAGCGUGGUGCUGGGAUUGGGCUAGCUUUAAAAAAGUGGUGCCAACCGCUGUUUGGGCAGAUUGCGGCGCUACGUGUGCACAUUGAAACCAAAGGAUCCGCACGGAAUCCGAACAUAUAGUCAUAUGUACCGUAUGUGCACAUUUUGAGGAAGUAUGUAUGCUCGCAAUGCAUAUACGAUACUAGCGCAGGAGGGCUGCUGCAUGGAUGAUUGCAUGUAUGAGAACUUCCCAAGUCACGCGAAAACGUUCGAAACACAUUGCUGAACCAAUGCACCACCGAGCAGUACUGCAAUGCGACUUUGUCAAGAUGCGCCAGCGGUCGCGCACGGGUUUGGGGCGGGUUUAUGAUGAUUGGGGGAUCAGGUUGGAGAGAUGCAGCAUGCAAAGGUCGCAAUUUUGUUCGCGUGGCGCACUGGGGUGUUAGGGGAUAUACAAUACUGUCUGCGCGUAACGCAGAAGAUGGAACCAAACGCAUUGUGGAACGAAUGCAAUGUAUCACACACACCCGGGGCCGACUGGGCCGCCGUUAAUUGUGUUGUUGCAGCAGACGCAGUAUACAAUGCAUGCUGUGGACAUUGAAGCGAUCACCGCAGUACCGCCGCAAGCGAUCAUACGGUUGUUAGACGAUAAAAGCUACCGGAUGUCCCGAGGGUCAUAGGCUUACAACGGUAUGCACAGUAGUUAGGAGAGAGGCACUCAGGAAGGCAAACAGGCACGGCGGUACGUGUGCGGAGGCAGCCAGGCGAGACCGAGGAGACAGGGCCGCACAUUCCCGGCGGUCAGGUUUCGCCAUUAGCAAUUGAGGGGCUUCGUUGCGACGUUUGUUGAUGGAGCAUGUUGCAAGGUCGUUUGUUUGCGGAUGAUUGCCUUAGUUUUUGGUACAUUGACGAGGACCUGUGGGCAUGAACGAACGGGCAUGACGGGUUGUUGAGUGGUGCGCCGGGGAGGUUGGAUGGGCACGCACGGCUGGCGGGUCUAUCGGGCACUGUACGUCGUACAGCAAUAGUAGUGCUGGGACACGUGUGUGCGUGCUUGCGCCGCAUCGUGAUGUCCGAGCGCAGCAGGGCACUCCAAGCACGCACGCCCCGCGCCUGCUGCGCGCUAGUGCUUUGUGUCAUUUCUGGCUAG